UUUUAUCAAUUGAAUACAACGCCGAAUUUUCACUAAAAAUUUACUACGUACUAAAUAAGAAAUUAAAUCUUCAAAGAAGUACUUUUGCAGUGGUUUCGUGUAUUUUAAACUAAAUACAAAUUUCAAAACAGAAUCCAUUGCGAAAGUUGCUUCUGCCAUUUAACACAACGCUGGAAAUAAAAUUCUUUGAGAGAUAGCCAGGUGCAUUAAUUUGGGCUUGUUCUAAAAUAACCAAUGUGACCAAUCCAAUUUCUAUUAAAAAUCAAUACAAAAGUUGGAUUCCAUCAGGUUGGAUGUUUUAAAGAGCAGCCUUUAAUCGACCAUAAUUUGAAGCUUGCAUGAAGUAGAGAAUCAUUACCUUCUGUAAUAAUUAAAAAAAAGACUAGCGAAUACGUAAUACAAAAAUGUCUAGCGAAAGUGAUAGUAUGCCUCGAUCACCCUCGCCGCGCUCCUCGUCGCCACAACCUAGUAAAAAAGCGCGUCUCGAUGAGCAAACUAUGUACGAGGAAGCAACUGCAAUGAAGGAGAGAGGUUUCUCGUUAAGCGCUAUUGAGGAAAUGAAGACACGUGUUGAGGAAAAUAAUCAAAGCGGAGCGCUCGACCAACAGUUGCGACAAUUUCAAGUGCUUGACGAAGUACAGGGCUCUGGCACUGAAGAUUCGGACAUCGGCAGCGAAAAUGGCGAUAAAAAUCAUGAUCACGGUGAUGGUUAUGAAUCCUCUGAUUUGGAUAUUGACGACAAUGAGAUUGAGAAUCUGCUCAACGAGAAUUUGCCUGAUGACUUAAAGGAACCGAAGAAACCGAAAUAUGAGGAACGCUUUAAAACUGUCCUGGAAGAGAAAGGACAUAACCAUUUUGAAGUUUUACCAGAGGGUUGGGUUCAGGUGACUCACAACAGCGGCAUGCCACUAUUUCUGCAUAAACAAACGCGUGUCGUUUCAGCGUCGAGACCAUAUUUUCUUGGUCAUGGCAGUGUGCGAAAACAUGCCAUACCAUUAGGCGCUAUUCCAUGCCUGAAUUAUCGACGCGCGCUUGAAGAAGAGGAGGCGGACCGCCAAAAACAAGAAUCGGCAAAAGAAGAAGAAGGGGAUAUGCCCCAGGAUACCAACGAGACCAAUGAGAAUAAUGUGGGCAAAUGUCCAUUUACUGGCGUCAGCAGCAGCGUGAGUCCCGUUACGGAGACUAGCCAAUCAACACAAGUUUCGUCUUCGACUAAUGGCAUUGCAGAAAAUGGCGAAGCCAUGGACACAAGUGAGCCUACAGCUACUAUAGUGCCUGCGUCAUUACUUUCCAAAAAUUCAGCAUCAACCCUCGCAGGCGUCAUAGCAACCACUGCGAAUCCAGAGGACUUGGCUGCUAAUGUUGCGGCUUUGAAGAGCCUAGUACCGCCUGCAAAAAUCGUUACCGUUACCGAAAAUACGCAAAAAGAGUCGUUGACGCCAGAACAAUUGAAUAAAUACUGCACCAAAUUGUUCAAAUUCAAGGUAAUACGCGUUUUGCGUUUUCGCUCGUGGAAUGCGCGACGGAAAUUCACAAAGAAUCGCAAACACAUUAAAAACUUACAACGUCCCACACUCCCCGAUGGCACGAAGCUGAUUAAAUUUCCAAUUUUGGCGCCUAGCGGCGAUGCGAAUGCGAAUUCUCGCGGUCGCAAAGAGUGGAUUAUGAACCCAAAUGGCAAGAGUUAUGUGUGUAUAUUGCAUGAGUAUGUGCAGCAUGCGCUGAAGAAACAGCCUACAUACGAAUUUAAAGAGCUGGAAAAUGCUGCAACACCCUACUCGGCCACUGUAUCUAUCAAUGAUUUAAAAUAUGGCACAGGUUAUGGCACCAGUAAGAAGCAGGCGAAAUCAGAUGCUGCUCGUGAGACAUUAGAGAUAUUGAUACCCGAAAUGAAGGACAAAAUCACGGGUAUUAAGCAGGAUAAAAGCACACCAAAAACCAACCACAAAGAUCUAUCAGUUUUUGAUGAUAUCAAAAUUCAAGAUCCACGUGUUGCUGAAUUUUGCAACAAAACAACAGAGCCAUCGCCGCAUGCCAUUUUGCUCACCUGUCUGCAACGUAACUUCGGUCUGGGCGAUGUGCAAAUAAAUUAUGAAAUUAAUCGCACGAAAAAUAAGAAAAAUGAAUUCACCAUGACUGUGGGCAAACAUACAGCCAAAGUGCUGUGUAAAAAUAAGCGCGAGGGCAAGCAAUUGGCUUCACAGGCGAUAUUACAGAUUUUGCAUCCACACAUCAAGACUUGGGGUUCUCUGUUACGCUUAUAUGGCAAUAACUCAAUUAAAACUUUCAAGGAAAAGAAGCUGGAGGAGCAGGAAAUCACUGUACUGCAGAGCAAAGCUGCUAUAAAUCAGCCAAAUUAUGCCAUUCUUGACAAGCUAAAGGCAGAAAUGCUGAAAUUGGCUGAAAAGAACAAAUCAGUACAAUCAAUGGGCACCUUUGUACCACCUAGCGAUGUUGAUCUGCCCUCAUCCUCGGGUUCGAAUCUCAAUAAUGUGGAGCUCUAAUCGUAUUUCUCAAUACUUCGUAGGUACAUAUGUAUAGGUUUCGACUGAAUUUAAAUAUGACUGAACAAUUAUUGAGCUAUUAAAAUAUCUAAUGCGUUUGACUGGAAUGGAACCGCCGAACAAAUUAGUGUAGGCACAAAUAAACACUAUAGCUGUAAAUGUAUAGAAAUAUCUAAAUGCAAAAAGAAAUUAAAAACAAAAAAUAUAACUUGAUUGGAGUUUAAGCUUUCGCUGACGAAAGAAAAAAAAACACCAUUUGCGGAAAAUUAACAUCUGUUUGGUAGAAUUAAGUAUAACACAAAAAUAUCAUCAAAUGAGUUAACACUUAAGGGGUAAUGCCACUGUAACCACUAAAUAAGAAGCGUUUUUUAUAUUUUUUUUUUGCAUGAAGGGAUACCAAUAGAA